AUGGACUCAUGUGGUUUGAACCAAACGGAAAUGAUUAACCAAACUACUGGCGUUAAAGGAGAGACUAAUAAACAAAAAGAUAAAGGAGUUGGUGAAGAUGGGAUACAAAGAUCUGAAUGUAAAGGUUGUACAAAAGUAUUAAAAUCUGGGGGUAAAGAAUAUGGAACUUCGUCAUUAAGGCGACAUAAAGAUAGAUGCAAAAUGUUGAAAUUGAGGUUCAAACAUUUUGAACAAAUGCAUUUUGAUCUUCAAGGAAAAAUGAGGUCCAAGUUUAAUCAAAAAGUAUAUCGUGAGAUGUUAGCUGAAGCAAUUAUUGAACAUGAUAUGCCAUUUUCAUAUGUUGAGUAUGCUGGUUUUAGGAAGCUUGCUUUGUAUUUGAAUCCUGAAAUUCCUAUUAUCUCUAGAAAUACACUUGUGUCUGAUGUUAACAAAGUUUACAUAAGGGAGAAAGGUUUGAAAGUUGUGAGUGGUGGUGGUGGGUCAUUGGAUAGAAUUAGAGAAUCUGUGAAAUAUGUCAAAAUGACCGAGAGUAAGAAGAAAACUUUUGUGGAAUGUAUAAAUGAAGUAGGUAAUAUUGAUACUAGUAUUGGCUUGAGAAUGGAUGUGUCAACUCGUUGGAACUCUACAUAUUUAAUGUUGGAUAGUGCAAUUAAAUACAAAAGGGCUUUUAGUACUCUCCAAUUGAAUGAUAGGAAUUAUAAGCAUUGUCCUUAUACUGAAGAUUGGAAAAGAGCUGAGAGACUAUGUGAGUUCCUCAAACCAUUUUAUAAAAUUACCAACUUAAUUUCUGGCUCUUCUUAUCCUACAUCAAACUUGUACUUUAUGCAAGUUUGGAAGAUUGAGAGAAUGUUGAAAAAUGGUUUGCAUGAUGAAGACUCAUUGAUAAGUGACAUGUGUAGAAGGAUGUUAGGCAAAUUUGAAAAGUAUUGGAGUGAAUAUAGUGUAGUGCUUGCUUUUGGGGCUGUCCUUGACCCGCGGUUAAAGCUUACUAUGUUGGGGCGUUUGUAUGAUAAGGUGGAGGAAGAUCCUAUUAAAUGCCAAGAGAAAAUGUCACUUUUGAAAAGAAAAUUGUACAAGCUUUUUGAUCAAUAUGUUAUUCCUAGCAAGUCGGGUACUUCACUCUCAGAUUCUUCUAAUGCCAUGCAUUCAAAAAUGCAAAGUCAAGCAGGGAUCAAAAAUAAAGGGAAAGGGCUUUUUGAUGAUAUUAAAGAUCUUAGUAGUGAACCUGUCAGAACUGUUGAAAAAUCUGAAUUAGACCGCUAUUUGGAUGAAGGAUUGUAUGAAUUAGCAUAUCAUGAAGAUUUGAAUGUCUUGGAUUAUUGGAAAGGUCUUGCUCAUGUAUAUCCAAACCUUUCGUUGAUGGCACGUGAUGUAUUGGCUAUUCCUAUCACUACUGUUGCAUCAGAGUCUGCGUUUUCUAUUGGUGCUCGUGUGCGCACAAAAUACAGAAAUAGUAUGUUACCUGAGAAUGUGCAAUCACUUAUUUGCACUCGUAAUUGGUUGCAUGGUUUUAGUCUUGACGAUGAAGAAGGAUUAGAAGGCUCUAAUGAAGACUCAAAUGUUGUCCAAAUCAAUGAUGAUAGAGAUCAAGGAGAAGAAGACCAUGAUAUUGAUAUGAAUGAUAUAAUGGUUGAUGAAUGUUGA